GAUUACCCCGGGUCUGAUGCCGCCGGGGUCGCCAGGAACCUACAGGAAAAAGUCAGCGUCAUUGGAGCUUCCCGCCGCCCUGCAGCAGCUGCCGCGGCCACACCGAGGCAGCAUUUGUGGCGAGUCCAAAAUGGCCGAUGACAAACCUUGGCCUAAUACAAAGGAAGACUACGAGUUGAGAGAAGUGAUAGGUAUUGGCGCCACAGCUGUCGUACACUCUGCUCUAUGUAUCCCUCGCACCGAGAAGUGCGCCAUCAAGAGGAUAAACCUGGAAAAAUGGAAUACGAGUAUGGAUGAGUUAUUGGUAAGUAACAGACAAACACCUUGUUGUUACCUGUAACACCUUGUUCUUACC